ACACCUGUGGAUCUGUAGUUCAUGGAGCCGCAAACUGAGUGAGAGUUGCAUAGUGUCAGAUCCAGCUUUGCUAGUGAACUAAAAUGAAGACAAGGGGCGAGAAAGACCACAGCCCCAGUUGGAGACUGUAUGCACGUGAGAGGCAGCUUCGCAUGAUGCAUCAGAUACACAACUCUCUGAGGCACACAGUAAUCCACAUUGAUUGACACACCUGUGCUCAGAUGCGACGUGACACAUCAAUUGAGAUCAGCAAUGUCUCAGGUAAUCCAGAGCCCCCAACCAAAUCUGGAGCCAGGUUUCCCUGUGACUAACCUGACCCUGGUGGUGCUCCUGCUGAUCCCCUGUGUGGUGGUUCUGCUGCUGCUCAACUGCCUGUUUCUGGGCUACAAGUUCCUGAUCCUGUCCCAGAAGAAGGUGCAGGGGGACGGGGAGGAGAUGCUGCUGCAGUCAUGCUCCCUGCAGAGAUCCGGGAGGCUCUCAGGGGGGGUUUUCCCCGCUCUGCGGGACGUGAGGAGAGCCUACCUGUCUCUAUCCGAGCCCAUCCUGCCCCACCCGGUCACCUCCUCCCGGGCUUCGUCCAGGGAGAGGGUCGGUGGGGUGGAGCACCGGACCCGGCUCCUGAGGCCAGAUGGGGCCACAAGGUCCCUGAGGACGCCGAGCUCCAUCCGGGCCUCCUCCUCUGCGGCCGGGCUCAGCCCGAGACUCCACCUGCCCUCCGGGUCUCACAGCACCGGAACAAGGAGGUGGUGCAAGAGCGCUCCGGUGUUACCGCAGUCCAGUGACUCUGAGGCGGAGACCAGAGUGAACCUGGUCCCGCCAAACUCUCCAACGCAGGAGGUCCAACAUGAGGUUCACCUCCGUCGCAGCAGUACUCCUGAGAUGCUGAGCGGCGUGAGUCCGGGUGUAGCGGUGCUGGUGUUUGACAAAGUGGAGAUGGAGUGUGAGUUCAGUAACGCUCCGUCAGAGGAGUCCGGUCGGAACACGUCUGCAGUCGGCCCUGGACUGGACAGUGACUUCGGUGCCAGUGCAGGAGUGUCCCUGCGGAUCCUGUCUGCAGACAGCGACGGCCUCUCUAACGGCGUCCUGUCCUCGGCUCUGGAGUGGGACUACUACGACCCCUGCUACGUCAAACAGAACAACGUGCACAAACACAAGCACCAUCGACCCGCCGUGCACACCAAGCAGUACUGGGUGUAACACCUUUUAAAUGUUAUUUAUUUCUUAAUUUAUUUUAUUAUUUAAAUAAUCCAUACAUGUCUUAAGUUUGUGUCACUGAGAAUGUAAUCCGCACAUUGUGUAAAUGCACUCUGACACCGAGUUUGUUCAGAUUAUGAGAUAUUAACCACGCACUUCUUCACUCGUGUUAUUAUGAAAUGUUUAAUAUGCACUUCUUCACUCAAAUGAUUCUAAAUUAGGUCACUUCUUCGUGUUAACAGGAUCACAUGGUUCUGGAUUUCAUAUUCACUCACUUAAGAGUUUAUAUUCACUGUUAUGAUUUACAUGUUUUCAGUCACUGAGUAAUAAAGACUAAUUUAGAAUUAAGUGCUUGUUGAUUAUCUU